AUGGAACCUAGUCAGGAGGACUUCUAUCAUCCGUACCAGCCUUAUGCGAUUCAGUUGGAAUUCAUGACCAACCUGUACAAGUGCAUUGAGGAGAGGAAGGUUGGCAUCUUUGAAUCUCCCACAGGAACGGGCAAGUCCCUGAGUCUUAUAUGUGGUGCCCUGACAUGGCUUCGGGAUCAUGAACGUCGAAGAUUUAACGACACGAAUGCCCAAGCUGAUGCCUCUGACUGGCUAUUGCAAGCCGAAUUUGCUGCCCAGCGUCGAGAGUUGAUGCUAGAACGAGAGGAACUCGAGCGGAAGCUCUCAAAACUGCGAGAUGAAGAAAAUCGUCAGAAGCAAACAAGAAUCGAUGCGAAGGGAUUCAAGAAGGCCCGCACUGCUGUUGUGCAGAGUCAGAUAACAGAGGAUAUCGACUUUCUCGUAGACGAUUACGAGAGUGACUCAGAACGGACAGCGGCUUCUCAAACCUCAGAGGGUGGAUUUUCCAGUUCCACACAAGCACUACUUGACAAGCUGCGACCUUCAUACAAGGCAACGGAAAUUGAAGAGCCAUCGGAUCGUCUAAAGGUUAUUUUUUGCUCCCGCACUCAUUCUCAGUUGACACAGUUUGUGAACGAACUCCGUCGUGUGAAGCCUCCGUCAUCUAUGGAGCUGACAGCUGAUGACGCAUCACAAACCUCCAAGAUGCAGGAAAGGGUGAAGCAUCUCGCCCUUGGAUCGAGGAAAAAUCUAUGCAUUAACCCUAAAGUUUUGCAAUUGUCAUCAACAGCUGCAAUCAAUGAGAGAUGCCUUGACCUACAGAAACCCGGGAUUGCAAAAGAGAAAAAAUGCCCUCAUCUCCCAUCAAAGGAGGACAAGGAAAGAGUAGCUGCUUUUCGAGACAGAGUCAUUGCUCAGAUCAGAGACAUCGAAGAUGUCGGCAAUCUUGGUAGGGACAUGAAUAUCUGUCCAUACUACGCAUCUCGGACUGCUAUAGCGCCAGUUGAGGUUCUUACUCUCCCAUAUCCGCUCCUUCUCCAGAAGUCCGCUCGAGAUGCUAUGGGUAUCUCUGUCAAGGACAAUGUGGUCAUUAUCGAUGAGGCUCAUAAUCUCAUGGAUGCCAUUGCAGAUACAUUCUCGGUCGCCUUGAGGUUAAGCCAAAUUGAGCAAGCUCUACGACAAAUGACGGCUUAUGCGAUUCGUUUCAAACAACGUCUCAAGGGGAAGAAUCGAGUCUACGUCACUCAAGUCAUCCGAUUGCUCAACUCGUUGAUAGAUUGCUUGCAGGUUGUAACUGAAAAGGCACACUCGCAUGAAUUGACAGUCACUGCUGGUAAGCUAAUGUCUGGGAAAGGCGCGGAUCAAGUAAAGCCGCACAAGCUGCUGCAGUAUCUUCAUGAGAGCAAGCUCUGUCACAAAGUUGAAGGGUACAGUGAGUCUCAGACCGAUGGGAAGUGCAAUACUGUGAAGGGAUCCAUGAUGCAGUUCCAGAACUUCCUGACCGUAUUGAUGAAUCCUGAUGAUGAGGGCAGGUUCUUCGUGAGCCGACAGGGUGAAGACAUUGUUGUCAGGUAUACCUUGCUAGACCCCAGGGAACAUUUUCGUGACAUUGUUGAAGAAGCUCGGGCGGUCAUCCUAGCUGGAGGAACUAUGUCACCAAUGUCAGAUUAUGCAGACUAUCUGUUCUCGUACCUCGACAGAGAAAGGCUUGAACUAUUCAGCUUCGGUCACGUUAUUCCAACUUCUCAUUUGUUUGCUCAAGCGGUUGUGAAAGGACCUUCGAACAUCGACUUUGAUUUCACCUAUGAGCGACGUGGUUCGGAAUUGAUGAUUGUUGAGCUUGGGAAUAUGGUCCUGCGGACUUGCACUGUUGUACCAGAUGGGGUGGUGGUGUUCUUUCCAAGCUAUGACUAUCUCGCCCAGGUUGUCUCCGUUUGGCAGAGGCGCCCUGCGAGCUACCCUUUGAUGCAAUCUCUGGCUGCUAAGAAAACAGUAUUUCAAGAGUCGAAAGGCGCAGCUGUUGAUGAUCUGCUCCGGGACUAUGCAAUUGCCAUAGACUCUGGCAAAGGAGGCCUUCUGUUGUCGGUUGUAGGGGGGAAGCUCUCCGAAGGAAUCAAUUUCUCAGACAAACUGGGUCGCGCUGUCAUUGUAGUCGGCCUUCCGUUUCCCAAUGCCCAUGGAGCUGAAUGGAAAGCAAAGAUGCAGCACAUUGAAGAGCUGCAAUAUCAACAGUGCAGGAAGGCUGGCAGGACAGAAGCCGAAAGCAGGGCGGCUGCGAAAAGUGCUAGCAGAGAUUUUUACGAGAACGCAUGUAUGAGGGCUGUGAAUCAGAGUAUAGGAAGGGUGAUCCGGCAUAGAAACGACUACGCCGCGAUUCUGAUGGUCGACAGGCGUUUCUCGACCACGAGGAUAAGACAGAAGCUGCCAGGCUGGAUCAAAGACAGUAUGCACAACAGCCCCCUGGAGUGGAAGGUAGCCGAAGAAGGCGUUCAGGCCUUUUUCGAGGCCAAACAGUGA